AUGUCAAAGUUCAUCCUCGUUUAUCUCCUUGCUUUGCCAAUGGCUCAGCCCAGUUCGGUGAGCUUGAGCCGCGUCCAAUGUGAGAAGAAUCCAAAGUAUUUCAGAACCCUGAACGUCACGCUCGCCAACAACACCAUCAUGGCGGAUAUAUACCUUGAACAGGGCUUGAAGGCAGGCUUCCGAGGCCACAUAGAUGUCCAACUGCGGCUGACGAAUGGCAAGAAGUUUCAGAGCCUGGUCCAGACCGACACGGACUACUGUGAGCUGCUCUCGAGCCUCAAGGAAUCCCUAUUCCGACGCUGGAUCAAGAGCAUGGCCAAGAACAGCAACUUUAUGGAGAACUGUCCCAUACCGCCAGGAGCCUACUCUCUCAAGGGCUUUACUGUGGACAUGGGUCUGGUUCCCACGUACCUCCUGAACGGCGAUUAUCGCUUGCGUGCUCUGGUCUACUACGGAAAGUAUCGCACAAAGAGCCGGAUAUUCCUUCUCGAGUGCAUGCUCGAGGCAUCAAUGCAGAAAAAUUAA